UUAACCCCCGUACAGGACGAAUCUGAUAAAGCCUGACUGAGAUCUGAAACACAGUUGAGUCUUGCAGAGUCUGUCUGUAUUUGGAUGAAUUGCAGCGUUAUUUUAUAAUCUCGAGUUCAUCGCGAGGAGCAGGAAUGUCCCGCAGGAAACAGAGCAAUCCCAAGCAAUUUAAACGGGUGUUUGAAAAUGGUCUAGAGACAGACUCUGAGGAGAAGAGAGAGAUACUGAUAGAAAAGGACAGGUCUGUUGAGAAAGAUUCACUGUUCCUCACUGAACCUGGGAGCAUCAACUGUAAAGAUAGAGAUCACUUGAUGAACGGUGAAAGGGGCGAAAAUUUAAAGGAUGAACAACAAGACAGUGAUGGACAUGAAGAGAAAGCCCCGACCAGCACACUAACACCAGAGGAAUGGGGCGGUCCAAGGGAUCUGAUUAUGGUGGAUGAGGAAGGAGAGAAAAGGAUUCGUUCUUGUCAGGCACUUUCACUGGGCACCACAUGGGGACCUUUCACUGGGAAGAUUAAGAUGACCACAGGAGAAAAUGACAUGGUUUCACCAGUGCUCAGCGGAUGUCCAAGUUGGCUUAAGGAUGUGAUGUGGGUCAACUCAGAGGAUGGCAGGAGCAACUGUGCAGUAUACAGCAAAGGAGAACAUGUAUGGUGCUCUACAACAAAAAACAUUACAGAGGGAGAUGAACUUACUGCUUAUGUGGUGGAUUUGCACUCUCAUCUUCAAACACCAGCCCAAUCUCCCUGUGGUCAAGGGAUGUAUCCGGCCCGACAGCUGGACUCCAUGCAACUUCUUCCUCAGCAAGCAGCCAUGGAAUCCAUACUGCAAGGUGCUAUCAUAAACAAAGACAUCUUUCCCUGCAAGGCUUGUGGCAUCUGGUUUAGAAGUGAAAGGAACCUCCAAGCACAUCUUAUGUAUUACUGCAGUGGGCGGCUAAGGGACCCCGAGAUGGCCACAGAGAAAAGCGCCAAUAUCAGCCAUCAAAUGCUCCGCAGUUGCACAUACCCACAAUGCAAUAUGAGCUUUGCAGGCUCCCAUGCCCUGGAAAUGCAUGUAUCCAAACAUAAUAGUUUCAAGUCAGAUGAGAACUCCACUGGAGGCCAAUUGAAAUGCACAAUUUGUGACUACACUGCUGAAACACUUAUGGUACUCCAGCACCACAUCCUUACCCAUCUGUCCCACACUGGCCUGAAAUGUGGUCACUGCCACUUCACGUUCCAAACCCCUAAAGAAAUUACCAAACACCAGGAAUUACAUGGCCAUGGCAGUACAGGCAACACACCCACCAAAAAAGACAAAGCUGAUAAAUCUCAUAGUAUCCAUAAAGGCAGCCCUCAACAAGGUAGAGCUAAUGCAGACAUGAAAGACCUUGAGGAAAGUGCUGACAGCGGUCCAUUAACUGAGCCAGAAACCAUAGAAAGUGUCCAGACAUCCUUUAAGAGUGAGGGCAACUCAGAAAACAAGGCCAGUGUUUCAUUUUCAAGAGUGAAGUCAGAGCCUUCAAGUCCCCGUUUGGCCUCUUCACCAAUUCAACACCACCUGCCUCCUGCCUUUCCCAUACCUCAUUUCAUGCCACAUGUCCCGUUUUCAAACGAUAUUACUGUGGGCCCCCAGGCAUCUCAGAUUUUGGCAAAAAUGUCAGAGUUGGUCCAUCGCAGGUUACGUCACCGAGUGAACACUUACCCACCAGUAAUGUACAGCACACUUGUGCCUAAAGGGGCAACUUGUUUUGAAUGCAAUAUCUCAUUCAAUAACCUUGAUAAUUAUUUGGUACACAAGAAGCAUUACUGCAACAGUCGCUGGGAACACACACCCAAGCUGCAUGAUUUUCCUGGACUUCUGGAUAAACCAGCAGGUGCUGUGAGUCCUAAACUUGGAGCUAGUUUGGCUGUUUUGCUAAAUGCUGGCCACCCCUCUGAGGUUAAAGGUUGUGAGUCCGUCCCUUUCAAUCCCACUGGAGGUGGAAAAGUUACAGAUGAGCUCUUAGCGCAGAUUAAGAAAUCUUCAACCUCCCCUGGUGCACCGGAGAAGCUGAAUGGCACACAGUUGGAUUUACAAAGCCCAAACAUGCCACCCACAGAAAAUGAUAAAGACCCCAAACAGACAACAUGUGAAGCCUGCAAGAUAACCUUUAGUCGACAUGAGACCUUCAUGGUGCAUAAGCAGUAUUAUUGUGCCACCCGCCAUGAUCCUAACGUGAAGCGUGCUAACAAUAAAGGACCAGCCAAUCAGAAGAUGGUUCGUGCACGUAAAAGAAGAAAGGCACAUGAACUGGCAACUCCUGAACAAGAACAGAUGCAUCCUAUGGGUGUGCCAUCGCUUCUUGGAAUCACCACUCUCGGAGCUCCAUACAUGACAAAAGGCACAGUGGAGAGUUUCAGAGACCAACAGAGAUACACCAUGAUGCAAGGUCUAGUACCCAAAUAUCCAGAGGCCUCACUGACGAUAACAAAAUCAGCUCUUGUCUCAAAAUGCCCUAAAACAUGUAAGGAGGAAUGUGAUGUACCUAUAGAUUUGAGUAAAAAAUGCAUACCACAGUUUGGUAAUACUCCACUUUCACCCAAAGGACUCUUGGAUUAUCAUGAGUGUGCUGUGUGCAAGAUAAGCUUUAACAAAGUUGAAGACUAUCUUAAGCACAAACAAAACUUCUGCCCAGGGACCACUUUGCAAAAUUCGACCAUUGAUAACAAAAUCUGUGCAAACAUCAAAAUGGAAAGCCUGCGUAAUACUAGAAACCUCUCAGAGAAUGUUGCCUUUGAGAUCCCAGCCUUACAUGCAAAAACUGAGCAUUUAAAUGCAGGGGCAUCAUCUGACAGUGAAGACCACCUCAACCCAAUAAAAGAUGACCCAAAAAGCCUGUUUCAGCCUUCGAGCACUAAGAAAAUGAGACCAGAUGAACAAAUCUGGCCUUACUAUAAAAACAAACCCACAGAUUAUGCGACAGUGAUGCUUGUCACACAGAGCAAACAAAGACAAAGUCCUAAUGAAGGCAGUGAGGGGGAGAAAGAUCAGCCGAUGCCUCACGGUAGCCAUCUGAGCACAGAUGAGAACCAGGGCAAGAUGUCAUUCUUAAAUGAACUUAAUGACAAGUCAGGAGACACUGACAAUAAGCACAGUUCUCUUGCACCAGACAUUCACACAGACAGACCCAUCAGCCAUAAGGAAAGAACCACUUUGAUGCAAUCUCCACAAACCGAGGAGGACUCGACAAGCUUCAAGAAAGUAUUGACUGAGUCCAAUGCGGCCACUAGUAAUGUAAAGUACUGCCGCCCAUGUGACAUCCAAUUUAACAAUCUAUCAAACUUUAUAACACACAAGAAGUUUUAUUGCUCAUCACACACAGCAGAACACGUGAAAUAG